GUAGUAUAUACACACACUGCUACUGCUUCUUCUGCUACUAUAUAGAGAAAUUUAUUUUAAUAAAACACGCAAACUCAUCUUCUCCAAAAGCCUUCUAAGAAGAGGUCGUUGAGAAGAUGAACUCGGUGCCGGAUGGGGUGAUCCAGCACAUCCUCUCCCUCCUCAGCAACGCCCGCGACAUCGGGUCGUGCUCCUGCGUCUCCAAGCGGUGGCGCGACUCCGUCCCCUUCAUCCCCUCCCUCUACUUCCCCCGCAACGCCUUCGACUCCGCCGCCGCCGCCGCCGUCGCCGCCUCCGUAGCCGCCGCCGCUGACGUCGCCAUCGGGCGCAUGGUCGCCGCCGCGGUGCGCCUCGAGGAGCUCGUUGUCUACUGCCCCUUCUCCGCCUCCGCCCUCGCCUCCUGGAUCUCCCUCCGCCGCGGCUCCCUACGCUCCCUCGAGCUCCGCAUGGACUCCGCCGCCCCCGACAAGUCCCCCGCCCCCGCCACCCUCGACUGCAUCGGCGCCGCCGAGGGCCUCGAGGAGCUGAAGCUGUGGGGGGUCUCCUUAACCUCCUCCCCAAGGUGGGGCUGCUUCCGGAAGCUUCGAACCCUCGAGAUCGUCGGCGCGACGAUGCGCGACGCCGCGCUGAAGGACGCGGUGGCGGCGUGCCCUGACCUCACUGAUCUGGCGCUGCUCGGGUGCGACGGCGUCGGAUCGGUCUCAAUCGAGCUCGAACGGCUCGAGCGGUGUAGGCUUGAUUUCCUGGGCCCGGGGAAUUGCUCCCUCUCGCUUGGCUCGCCGAGGCUCGAGGUGCUCGAGAUCCAGGGAUUCAGCUGGAUUAGGGUUGAUGGGAAUCAUAAGCUGAGGAGUCUCUGCAUUGCUAAGAACACUGCUAGGGUCUACAAGGUGGAAAUGGGAAGGCUUGCGGAUUUGGAGUAUCUCUCGCUGAGAGGCGUUCAAUGGAGCUGGGGUGCUGUGGCUUCUGUGCUGCAAUGCGCAAGCGAGGUGAAGCACCUCGUGAUGAAGAUCGAGUUUUGUGGGGAUUUCGACACUCUUCAGCCAUUCCCAGAGGUCGACUUGGUCGAGUUCUUUAAUAGCCAUCAAAAGCUUCGCAAGUUUGAGAUUCAUGGAGCUAUGUUUGCCGCACUGUGCCAAAAGAACAGCCUAAAGAAGCUUGAUCUGAGAUUUGUAAUUCCUUGCUUGGAAGAGGUUUUGGUCACUGUGAGGUCACCGUUGAAUGCCGAGCAAAAAUUGAACACCCUGGAGUCGCUGGUUAAGUACAGUGUGAAGUUGAGGAAGAUGGUUAUUCGAAUCUCGCAGAUGAAGAACUGCAAUGACACUGCUGAUGAUUUCUUUGAGGAAAUUUGCAAGUUUAAGUAUAUAAAUCAUGGGAGAGUUCUAAUUGAGUAGAACGGCGGACCAUAUUUAUUCUUUUUCCUUGAAUUUAAUUGGUUGAGGUACUCGGUUGAUUUUGAAGCCGCCGUCUAUUCUGCCAACUUUGGCCAUUCUCACUUUUAUAAGGUGCAAUUUUCAACCAGCUUUAUCUUAUGACAUUACUCCCCACUAAUUAGAGAGCUAUAGAUUGAUUGAGGGGAGGAAACUUUCUUAAUUUAAUACAAUUUUACUAUUUACAUCUUGGAAACUUCAACUGUGUUUGCUCAUUGUUGCCAAUUUGAGAAGUACAUUCAUUAAUUAGCAUGACUUUUCCUCUUUA